AUCUGAUGAUUCCUCCUGAAAAGCAUCUAAAAAACAACAAGUGUAGCUGCUGCAUUUGAAUUGGAGCCGCUGGGACUGGACACUGGUUCACUCCCACUUCAACAGCUUUUCCUCGCGUCGUGGAUCGAUGUUUGUACUGAGGGAAUCAAGAUGUCCCGUUGCUCGGCUCUAAUGCGGUUUGACCACACACGUCUCCACUGAGCAUCUCUGCAGCUACAAACCAGUCAUGAAGUUGGCUUUGCACAGGAUAGCAGGCACCACCAUGAGCACGUUAACAACAGGUGUCCAGUAUCUCGGCUCCAACGACGCCAGCUAUGACGACCCCUCCCUUGACUCGACCCUGAUCAAGAGCAAGUUCCACUUUGAGAAACCUCAACCCGCCUCCAUCGGCCACUCGCUCUCUGGACUUGUCUCUGGAAAUAAGGAGGUCCUCUACAGAGGUCUCUCUGCCAUCUUCCCCACCAACGUAUCAGACCUUUUACCUGCUAAUGGCACGUCUGUGGAUAGCGGUGGAGCGGCACAGUGUGGAGAGGACUUUGCCGAUAACAUGGAGUGCUUUAUGAUUUUGACUCCUGGUCAGCAGCUCGCUGUCGCCAUCUUGGCACUCACCCUGGGCACGUUCACGGUGCUGGAGAACCUCAUGGUGCUGUGCGUGAUCCUGCACUCUCAGACGCUCCGGUCGCGGCCUUCAUACCACUUCAUAGCCAGUCUGGCUGUGGCUGAUCUGAUCGGAAGCAUCAUUUUUGUCUACAGCUUCCUGGAUUUCCAUGUGCUCCACAGGAAGGACAGCCCCAAUAUCUUCCUCUUCAAGCUGGCAGGGGUCAUCGCCUCCUUCACCGCCUCUGUAGGAAGUUUGUUUCUCACCGCAAUCGACCGAUACAUUUCCAUCCACAGGCCCAUGUCGUACAAGCGCAUUGUCACAAAGACUAAAGCAAUCGUUGCCUUCAGUAUGAUGUGGAUGAUCUCCAUUGUCAUCUCGCUGCUGCCGCUGCUGGGCUGGAACUGCAAGCGUCUCAACUCCGUCUGCUCUGACAUCUUCCCUCUCAUCGACAAGAAGUACCUUAUGUUCUGGAUCAGCAUGACGACCAUCUUGGUGCUGUUCAUCAUCUACGCCUACAUGUUCAUCCUCUGGAAGUCCCACCACCACGCUGUCCGCAUGCUGAGCCGCAGCUCUCAGAGGAGUGUGAUUGUCUACACCGCGGAGGGGACGAAAGUUCAGACAAUGAGGCCCGAGCAAGCCCGCAUGGACCUCCGCCUGGCCAAAACCCUGGUUCUUAUCCUGGUGGCCCUCAUCAUCUGCUGGGGCCCGCUGCUCACCAUCAUGGUCUACGACCUCUUUGGGAAGGUGAACGACUUCAUCAAGACCGUGUUUGCCUUUUGCAGCAUGCUGUGCCUGCUCAACUCCACCAUCAACCCUGUAAUCUACGCCAUGAGGAGCAAGGACCUGCGCAGGGCCUUCCUCAACAUCUGCCAUAUGUGCUGGGGAGCGACGCAGCCCCUGGACAACAGCGCUGAGAGCGACUGGAACAGCAGGAGCAUGAGAGGCACAGCAGGCGGGGCGGGGAAAGAUGGAGCCGGCUGUGGAAACACCCAAGUGAAAGUAGCCCGGGUUACUGUUUCUGGAGUGACGGAGGCUCACACUGCAGAGGCUGUUUGAGAGACGAGCUGCUCUGCUCUGCUACAAGUGUGAAAUAAAGAUGGUGUAGAACAGCCCCGACCCUCUAGUGCACUCUCUGUGACUGUGAAAUGUGCCAAAACAUGAGAAACAGACUUGUUAUCGCUUUAAAUCUGUGAUAUUAACACAAAACUGUUCUCCUCUGUCGUUACUACUGAGACGUGGUUUGUUAGGUCGCACAAGACUGAGAA